AUGGCGGCAUCCCGUCACAAAUCACAACAGAAAAAUAUAUCGUCCAUAUUUUCUAAACUGCACGGCGCUUUCUCUGAUGCAGUGUGUCCAACAAAGCUUGCAACAGACAAGCGUACCCUUGAUAAAACAUGGAAGCUAAUGGACAAAGUUGUAAAACUGUGUCAACAUCACAAGAUGAACCUGAAAAACAGUCCACCUUUUAUAUUAGAUAUUUUGCCUGAUACAUAUCAGAGGUUGCGCGUUAUAUACUCUAAAUAUGAGGACAAUAUGCAGGAAUUGAAUAAUAAUGAACAUUUUAACAUAUUUAUUAUUAAUUUGAUAAGAAAAUGUAAGCAAGCUAUAAAGUUGUUUAAAGAGGGUAAGGAGAAAAUGUUUGAUGAAAAUUCUCAUUAUAGGCGUAAUUUGACUAAGCUCAGUUUAGUAUUUAGUCAUAUGCUGAGUGAGUUGAAGGCUAUGUUUCCAAAUGGUACAUUUGCUGGUGACCAGUUCCGUAUAACCAAGAGUGAUGCAGCUGAAUUCUGGAGGACAAACUUUGGUAACAGAGCCUCACACCACAAGGGUGAGAAUCUAAAAACUAAGGGAGUUGGAUGGUAA